UGUGAGUCCUGAAUCAUCACCGCCCGACUCGGUCUUCUUACACCCAGCAUGUCGUUGGCACCUCUUCCCUACAACCCCGUGCCGAAGCUGCCGCAGCCCUAGAUGCCACUUACCGACACUUUGUUUUCACGGUAAUCGUAAACGACAACCGGGCCCCGGCAUCACACACUGCCAUUUCAGCGCAUGUUUUAUCUCUCUCUCAGUGGCUGUAAAGCCCCACGAAGCCUGCGGUGAAAGGACGUUUGGAAUCAUCCCGCCGGGCACAAGGACCUCAACGCCCCCCUCGGUCGCCGGUGGCCGCGGUGACGACCCCACCAGAAGGGCCGGUCGGUUGUCGCAGCAACCGGUCCAUCCAGCUCCGAGCAGAGCGACAGAUCGUGGAUCGAAGGGCCGGACGACGGGAGGGCGAGUGGUGGUGGUGUCCGUGGAGGAAGAAGACGCAAAGAUGAAUAGAGACUUAAAAUAUUGGAAGGAAGCAGCAACUGUGAUCCUGGUUGCAGGUAUCCGAAGGCAUAAUUUGAGUAAAAGUGUUACAAAUAUGCAAACCUGUCAACAACCACAAGGAAGGAAUCUAUCUCACAAAUGCUUGGAAAAUUCAGGGCAUAAUUAUGCCUUGCUUAUGUUGCAGCGGAAUACAAGGAGCAAUUUUUUUCCCAAUGCAUAUGUGUUUCCAGGAGGUCGGAUAAGCUCAGGUGAUUUUUCCAAUGAAUGGAUCCAGUUGUUCCAUCCUUUUUGCCAGUCACCCAACUUUAAGCUGGAUACAGUCAAACAAACUGCUCGGAGGUCUCCAAUCUUUGCCACAGACAAGAGAAAGCUAGGAUCUCAAAUACCUGCGGAGGUAGCUUUCCGUAUUUGUGCCAUUAGGGAAACUUUUGAAGAGACUGGUGUACUCCUUGUGAAGCCAAAUCACCCUGAUAAAGAAUUGAACAACCAUGGGGUCAUACAGCUUACACAAUGUAGCCAAAAUAAACUUGAAAGUUGGAGGCCUCUUGUGCAGGAAAAUGCAUCAAAUUUUAUAAAACUGUGCAAAGAGUUGGACUGUUUACCAAAUAUUUGGGCAUUGAAGGAGUGGAGUAAUUGGUUGACUCCUACUUUUCAGAGAAGGAGAUUUGAUACUGCAUUCUUUAUUUGUUGUUUGGAAGAAAUUCCUUUCACUGCACAUGAUGGUCGUGAAAUAAUUUCUCACAGUUGGAUGACCCCUAUUGAGGCAAUAAAGCAUCACCAAUCUGAGCAACUCUUUAUUCCUCCUCCACAAUGGUAUGAGAUAGGAAGACUUUGUCAAUUUAACUACCUUCAAGAUCUGCAGAGGUUUAGCCAAGAUCGUUCUGUGGAAGGUUGUGAACGAUGGCUUCCAGUCCGACUAACGGCAUCUGAUGGUUUUGCCACCUUGUAUCCUGGGGAUGAACUUUAUCCUGAAAAUCCAGAUUUCACAGGGGAAACAGACAUAAAGCUCACUUCCUCCAAAUCUCUGAAAGAAAUACGGCUAGAGGUCACAAGACUGCACCGGGCAGAAUGCCAAAAUCCAUAUAACUGUACUCUGUAUGUGAAUAUUGAACCCCGAUAUAAACAUGUGCACCCAUUCAAUGGUCAUAGGUAAACUGUAUAAGUAAGACACAAAAAAUAGUAUCUGUAAUAAAUACAAAUGUGUAUUAUAACUGGUGUUUAUAUCUGAAUAAAUUUUCAUGUAGAACA